UAGAUAAUCAUAAUACUAGUCACUCAAGAAAACAAAUUAAACCUUGUUUUAUCCCGCCGUUAGACAACCGUCAUGGCUUACACUAUUAAAGUUCCAUCAGCGGCUGCGGUUGCAAUAGCUGUUCUCUUUGUAGCUGUUAUGAGCUCUUCUCACUGGAUAGAAGCGAAAAAACAAAAAACGGUAGAAAAGGUGGAUCCAGUUUGCUCGUUAGCGAUUCCUGAAAUCGUCAAACAUUGCUAUGCAACGAUGAGUUUAGUGCCAUCAGAAGAAUGCUGCAAGGAUCUCAAAACGGCGAGCAAGACGGAAGUGACUUGUCUCUGCGAAAAGUUCUUUGCAAAUCCUUCUAACGGAAACUUAACUCGACCUCUUUACGACCAAGUCAACAACGCUUGUGGCGUUCUCGACAAAUUUGCAUGUAAUGGCGGAGACGCCAACGGAGGAGCAAAGAACAAGAUUGCUGCAUCGAUAGUUGGUUUGGUUGUGUGUGUUUUCCUUGUUCUUUGA